AUGUCCAGCGACGAGCGACCAACGGGCCUCAAGGCCAACAAGGGCAUCGAGCUUCUCACAUUUGGAACCCCCAAUGGCUGGAAAGCUUCCAUUCUCCUCGAGGAAUUGAAGGAGACGUACGGCAAGGACUUCACAUGGCAGUCAAUCAACAUUUCACAAAACAUCCAGAAGGAGGAGUGGUUCACAAAGCUGUGGCCCCAAUGGCCGCAUCCCAGUGAUUGUAGACCACGACCAGGGUGGUUUCGCCGUGCAGGAAGGUCUUGCCAAGCUUAUGAACAUCCAGCUAUCCUCACAUACCUCACCCGCAAUUACGACCCCGAGUACAAAUUCACCUUUAAAGACCCUCUGGAUUACUCGAGGGCUGAGCAAUGGAUGGCAUGGCAGCACGGCGGUCUCGGCCCCAUGCAGGGACAGGCCAACCACUUCAACCGCUUCGCAAAGGAGCGCAUCGCAUACGGCAUGCAGCGCUACACCGGCGAGACUGAGCGCCUCGUUGGCAUUCUCGACACACAACUCAAGAGCAACGACUACCUCGUUGGCAACAAGUACAGCAUUGCAGACAUUGCGAGCUUUGGCUGGAUCCACAUGCUCCGAUUCUCAGGUGUCGACUUGGAUCGCUUCCCCAACCUGAAGGCGUGGUGGGAGCGCAUCAACGCGCGACCCGCUGUGCAGAAGGGCUUGAACAUCCCGUCUAAGCCCGGUAUUGGCAACGACGGGUACCUCCAGAAGCUGAAGGACGACCCAGAGUUUGCGCAAAAGGAGAAGGAGCUUGCAGAGCAGAUCCAGAAGGCGAAGGAGCAGUACGGCUACAAGUACUCGUCGCCGUGA